AUGAAGAACUGUAUUGUCACUGGAAUUUUCUCUGAAGGUAAACUUAUUCAGUCUGGUCUGGUUCCCGUAGACUGUAGUGAUGUUCGUAAGGCUUUGCCGAGUGCACCUAGUGGAGUUUAUAAAAUAUACCCGGCAGGAGGUCAUGGUCACACAGCAUACUGUGAUAUGACCAUGGAUGGCGGGGGAUGGACGGUUUUCCAAAGAAGAAUGGAUGGGUCUGUGAAUUUUUUUCGGACGUGGAAGGAAUAUAAAGACGGAUUCGGAAAUUUAAAGGGAGAGCACUGGCUUGGAAACCAGGUGUUGUAUGAAAUAACAAAUCUCGGGUGGUACGAAUUAAGGAUCGAUCUUGAAGAUUUUGAUGGUAAAAGGAGGUUUGCAAAAUACAGUCACUUCAAAAUCAGUACGGAGUCGCGGGGAUACAGAUUGGCAAUCUCAGGAUAUACUGGAAAUGCGGGUAAGCGAUUCGGAAGUUCAUAA